GGCCGAGCGAUGCGGGCUGUGCUGGGCAGGCUCGCUACGCUCGCAGCGGUGCCGGUCCGGGCCCGGCAGUCCGUUCUUCACGUCGUGCCCGCGGGUGGGCUCUGCUGAGGGGUGUCCUGAAGCGGGCAGGGGUGGCCUGGAGGAGAGCACGAGGCCUGUGGGUUCUGGCUCCGUUGGGCUGGGCCAGCUCGUGGGCUGGAGCUGUGGGACGGCCGCGCUCUGCUCGGGGCGAUGCUGCCCUUUGUCGUUUUCUCCCCCGCAGCGGGGCUUUGUCCUCUGGAAGCGUGCUGGGUGAAGGCUCAGCCUCGUGCCCUCAGCCACGCUGCCCCAUUCCCUUCUGAGGUUCCUAUUAACGCUGUUCUUGUUUCUGUCGUCUUUCCAGCCACAGAAGCCUUCACCGUAGCCCGCCUUACCAUGGCCACCCACAGCCCGGAGCAGGGCGAGCGAAUCAAGUGUGUAAAGGGAGACCUGUUUUCCUGCCCCCCAACAGACGCAUUGGCUCAUUGCAUCAGUGAGGACUGUCGUAUGGGUGCAGGGAUAGCUGUUCUUUUUAAGAAAAAGUUUGGAGGCGUCCAAGAGCUGUUAGAUCAACAAAAGAAGACUGGGGAGGUGGCAGUUCUCCAGCGAGAUGACCGGUAUAUUUAUUACCUGAUUACAAAGAAGAAAGUUUCUCACAAACCAACAUACGAGGACAUGCGGAAGAGUUUAGAAGCCAUGAAAACUCACUGCUUAAACAAUGGAGUUACUGAUAUUUCCAUGCCCAAAAUUGGGUGUGGACUGGACCGCCUGGAUUGGGAUAAAGUUUCAGCAAUACUUGGGGAAGUGUUUGAAGAUACAGAUAUAAAGAUCACUGUUUAUACUCUCUGAGCAAAAGAGUCUCAUUUCCCUGGCUUUCAGCAGUGGCAACUUCUUAACUGAUGAGGGGGAAAACUGCAUGCUGAGCACAUUCAAAGAAAAUAAAAAGAUCAAAAGUCUCAGAGCAGCUAAUUUGGGACGUAGUAUUCAGGGAACCUGUGUUGAAAGCAGGGAUAUUGUAACUCAGGGAGUUCCCAGUCUGUCACAGCAAGCCACCAGAUGUCACUAGUCCUCCACAGAGCACCUACCUGCACUGGAGCUUCUUACAGGCUGGCAGUUCCUGUGCAGUGAAAUUGGAGCUGUCUAAUGCUUAGAUAUUUGUUGUUCUGGUUCAUAAUGAUGACCUGUGGAGCCCUGUCUAUUUUUAUUUUCCAGGAUUUGCAGUGUCCAUAUAUAGCAUACGUAUUCUCUGCAGGAUUAAAAAUUAGUUUUUGUAUCUUUUGGACACGAGCACUUUUUUUAAAAUGGUAUUGUACACAAGAAGAAUUGUGCUGUCAACGUGCAGUUAAUAGUUCUUCAGUACUUUGCUGUCAGAUCAGAGUACAGUCCUUGCAAACAAUGUCUGUAUGUGUUGCGGCUGUAGACAAUAGGAGGGAAGCAGAGUUUUGGGAGGGAAUGCUGGAGACUUACAAAGACACCUAGUGGGUGUGUUCUGUAUGAUGUGAUUGGUAUCAUAUGCAGUCCUCAGUUUUCUGAGAAUCCUGAAAUAUGGAUGACUGACACGGUGUUAAAGAAAAAAAAUACUAUGGAGGCUAAGAUUUUUUUGUAUGUUUAUUGUUUCGCUUAACUGUGUUUGGAGUUUGGCUGGUAUAUGUUAUUUGAUGUCACCAAAUGUAAAAAUCAGUGACAGCUUGUUAGGCCAUUGCUGAACGCUUGAUUUUGGGAAGUUUGGUUCCAGUACUGAACAACUAACACAUUUCCUUUAUGUUUGAUUUUUACCCUAUGUCCUGUAAUACCAAAUUUUUUUUUUUUUUUACUUCUGUCACACUGAAUGCUCACAGAAAUGCCAGAAAUAUUGAAUAAACCGAAUAGAUGGGACAACUGAGAAGUUGUUAGUGUGAAAUAAGUUUUUUACUUACUCCUUGCUACUUAUUAAAUGUACGGAGCCAUUCCUGUUCUGAGCUUCAUGGGUGAAUCUGUAUUGUGUGUUUUCUUUGCUGAUGGAGAUGUGCAAAUUCUGUUUGUGUCUUUAAGAACUACAUACUGUUUUCCUUCAUGGUUUGACUAUCUUCUGCUUCUUGGUUUUGGUGGAUAAUUGCUGUAGCCAAAUACACAGCUGUGAGAAAUAAACUCGAGUGAGACAAAGGAA